AUGGUAUCCUUUGGCGGUGUGGCAAAACUAUUGAGAAGCUUUGAGUGCAGUGCCAGUUCGUGGGUCAAAGUCGUAAAUCCCGGAUGGUACGAGGCUCGUGAGAUUCCGAAGACCAUCCUAAUCCAGAAAGUGCAACAUGUGCCCCAAAAUACCAGGGUGAUACGCCAGCGACCUCAAACCGCGGAGCCGCCCAAGAAAUCCACUAGUCAAAAGCGCCAACUUAAUCUUUAAGCUCUAAAAAGAUAGGAAAAUAAUGACUCAUUGAUUUAAAUGUUUUAAUCGAAUGUACAUUGUAUUGAGUUGUCUCGCAGUCGUCAUCGAUUUCGGUAUUUUGUCUGCUCCGCGACACGGUCACACUGAGUCGGUGCCGAGUUUUUGCUUCGCGAGCAGGUGGUGUUGUCCAAUCAGAAUCGCCGUCGACGGCACGAAUAACAGAAAAAAAAAUUCCAAUAGAACAGCCGAGGGCGAUUAUUUAUGUGUGUUCAUGUUAAAUGUUAAAUGCAAAAUUACGCGACGCACGCUGCGCCCACGCGAUUUCGAAUCCGCAUCCGAUUGUUAAGUGCAAACACACACACACCAACCAAGUGAAUAUAAUAUGUAAGCGAAAGGCAAGAAGCCAGCAACAAAGCGCCAGUGAUAAGCGCAAUAAUAUAAAUGCAAUAUAGUAUAAAUUCAACGUGAAAAGAAAUCUCGCCAGCGAAAUACAAAAAAAAGCGGAGGCAGCGACAAAUGGAAAUCAAGCAAAAUGAAGAAGAGCGGAGAGAUAGAAAUCGUAAUGUGUAAGCGGGACCAGAGCGUAUGAAAAAAUCGAAAAAAAAACGGUGGAGCGAAGAUUAAAUAAAUUUACAAGUGUGUUUUGUAUUUGACCAGC